UCAAGUGUGCGGGUAAACGAAAGAAAAACGUAGAAUAAUUUUCUAAAUCAUAAAUUAUUUUGCGGUAUAUUUUAAAUGACACCUAUUCAGUAGUGCAGAGCACAUAUUAAUUUUGUGUCCGAAAUGGAUGUUGACCAUGAGGACAUUGAUGAGGAUAUUGAACAGUUGAACAAAGUUCUGCAAGACGAAGAUGACGAAGAAGGGGAAGAAAGCGAGGGUGAACUGCGAAGCAUGGAAUUGGAUGGAGAAUCAUACACAGACAGAGAUGGGUCAAGACCAUCCACAAGUACAGAUGUCACCUCCUCCUUUCCAACAACAUCCAUCUGUACGGACCCGGAUGACAUGUCUGUGCGGUUUGAUUCAUCCACCAUCAAUGCUGAGUCAUGCCUGGCCAUGAACAGGGCUUAUCAGGAAGUGCUACUGGACACGCUCAGGCAGAUUGAGAUGUCCCUCGCAGAAAACAGGACCAAACAGAGCAAACUGCAGCAGGAGGUGAAAGAUGCCAGUAGAUCAUCAAACUAUGAGAAGAAAAUGGCCGGGAAAGGGAAGCGAUGCACAGAGCAGAAUAUACCAUACUUCCGGGACAAGGAUGGCUUUUAUCCACCAGCUAAUGAAGAUGUGAAGAUAAAACAGACUCUGAAGGAAGACAAGACUUACGUUAAAGCCAAACCUGGAUGGUCUAAGACACAAAGGCAAACCUUGAUAAGUGCAGUGAAAGAAGAUGCCAUCCAGCAGCUGGUUAGGCCUCUUCUAAGCAAAUUGGAGGUAGAGUCUGAGAAAGCCAAUAAGUGUAAGAACAAGGAGGAGAUAGAUGCCAGCAAGACUCGAAUACAGCACCUUUAUGACGAGGUUAAUAAGAAACAGAAGCUGUCUGGAAAAGAACUUCUGAAACUGUUUGACCCUGACAAGAUAGACUUCAUGAAGAUCUCGGCCACCAAUAUGAAGGGGAAGUAUGAUGCCACUGAAUGUGAGAAGAUGUGGCGGACAGUACUACAGCCAGGAAUUAACAAGGAAAAAUGGUCCGAAGAUGAAGAUAAGAAAUUGGAAGAGCUUGUAGAGAAACACAACAUGCGAGACUGGAAAGCUAUUGCUGAAGAAUUGGGGACGAAUAGAACACCUUACCAAUGUCUGCAGCAUUACCAAGAAGAGCACUUUGAUUAUGACCAGAGUCCUUGGACCGAGGCAGAGGAUGAAUUACUGAAAGAAGUGGUCGAAACAUGUAGAUACGGAUCAGGAGUUAUUCCAUGGCCACAAGUUGCGUACUACAUAGAGCGGCGAAGCACCAAGAUGUGUGAAAUGAGAUGGUCCAAGGUUGACCCCUCAUUAACCCAUGGCAGGUGGACAGAGGCUGAAGAUAUGGCCCUCCUGGCUGCGGUUCAGCUGAUGGGGAAUGCCUGCGACUGGAACGUUAUUAAGGAUUUUGUGCCUGGCAGGAAUGCUAUGCAGUGUCGAGAGAGGUUUUUGAAAAGUCUUGACAGCUCUGUGAACUUUGACCACUUCACUUACACUGAGGAUAGGAUUGUUCUUCAGUCUUACAAUGAUUUAGGAGCUGAAUGGGCGACAAUAGCCGGCAGAUUGAAAGGUCGUACAGACUGUAUGGUACAAACCAGACACAAACGACUCAUGAAGUGGAAAGCUAUGUACGAAGAGUUCAUGAAACUCCAUAAACCUCUUCAGAGAAAAAUCUUGCACCCAGCGUUUUAUAUUGAUAAACACAACACUAUACAACUGCGUAACCUCCCUGGAUUUAAGAAGGCCACACCAAGGACCUUGAUCAGUAACACAACUAAAAGGAGAUAUAAACAGACAGACGAGGGGGCUAAGAAUAAACAGACAGACAAGGGGUCAAAGGAUUUGAUUGGUGAAGCUAGGAAACUUGUAGAGAUGGGCACUGAAGGAUAUGAGGAAAUGAAAGAUGCUGAAGAUAUCAAAGAAGAGGCUGAUGAUGAAUAUAUAAAGGAAGAAAUUGUUAAAGAGGAGGAAGAGAGCGUAGCUAAUGAGGAGAUAAAGGCACUUAAGCAAGAGUUGCAGGCCUUUGUGGACAGGACCGGUAUUAAGGUGAACGACUACGCCAAACUUAACAGGGACAUUGCUGAAGGUGGCAACUCCACUGUUGUCUGGCGUCCGCCCCCUCUGAGUCUGUCGUCGGAGAGGUAUUUCCGUCAGAUGGUGGACAAAUUCAGCCAACUACAGGUCCUGGUUAAGAGACAGGCACUGAAAGAGAUUAACAAGCUCUAUGACAGUAAAGAGGAUCUUAGUGCAGAAGAUGCACAGCACCUCAAGGUGUUAGGAGAAAUGUUUAGCCAGGAUGCUGCUGACAAGGGAAGGCUUGACCAGUUUACAGAUCGCCUGUAUAAUCUGUUUGGGGAGAGACUGCCGGCCAAGAUGACUGUUCGAGAAUUGCUCGACAUAGCUCGCAGCAAGAAACUUGGCAUCAAGCGGUCACAGUAUAUUCAGGAUGAUGAUGACCCAGAUUUGAUCAAUGAUGAUGAGGAGGAGGAGGAAGAGAAGGAAGAGAAGGAAGAGGAUGAAGAUGAAGACUUUGAUGAUAUUGAAGCUCAAGAGCUUAAAGAAGAAGAACUUGCCAGCCUGACCAAACAACCGUGGGAGGAGAGUGACAGUGAAGACGAGAAAAGGAGGAAGAGAAGGCGAGUGCAGGACAUGGAGAGUGACAGCAGCGAUGAGGAGUACUUCACCAAGCUAGAGAAAGAAGUACAGAAGAGAGAGAAGGAGCGAAAGCUGAAGGCUGCUAGACGGAAUUAUAGGGGUUGGUCCGAUGAACAAAAGUUCAAAAUGAAAAAUGCGAUGUCUCAACACGGAGAACUGAACAGAAAGAUAAAGGCUAUCAUCAAGAGGAAGAUGAACCAGACCGGGCCAGGCAGGAAGAAGAAAUACAUUAUGUACCCCAUGAAGAUUAUAAACCAGGACAAGGAGAGAACUCCAGAAGAAUGGAAGAAGAUUGAUAGAAAGUCCUUUGCUUCAUUCACCAAGAGCCUGGAUGUGGACAGUAAGGUUGUGUUCAACAAGGCCUACCAUACCAGAAGGAAGAUCACAGCCAUGGCCAUGUUAAAACCCAUGGAGAAAAUCAAACGGACACGAUCACAGUCAAGACAGGUGCCGAAGAUAAUGGGCGUAUUGAAGGAAGAGUGUAAUGCAGCUGAUACUCUGAUGGACUGUCAGCAAGAACUCAACAUUGCUGAUGAAGAUCUGGACGGGUCCUCAGCUGAUUCCACAGCUGAGCAAAGCACGUCUACUGAGCCGACCAACUACGACCGCUCCCUUCCUUACAUCCCCCCAAACAAGACGACACUUCUGGGAAUGAGGCAGCUCCUCUAUGAGCACAAGGCCCUUAUUGACAACUCCAAAGCCUACUUCAAUCCGCAGGAACUGAAGAUGCAGUUAUACAAGCUGAAAACUAACGGCCCCAAUCCACUCAUGAAUGUGCUAUUAGCUGCUGGGAAAGAUAUGGAGAAAAAUCGGGCCAAGACAAGCGUAGAACAGCCGAGCCGUAAGAUGAAAUCUUCAUCACAACAUGUAGGACAGUGCCAACAAACCAUGAGGGAAGUACGCCAGACUCAUGACUACCAGAAACUCAAGGCCCGGUUCCAAGCAGUGUUUACAUGGCCAGCUCUCAUGUCGACAGUUGCUAUUCCGAAAGUGCGGACUUUUCCCCCAGCCAUCAUAGAGAAAUUAAAGGAGCCUUCUUAUACUGAAAUUUUUGAGGAAGACCCAGAAAUGAAAGAGGAGCCUGAAGAUGAUGACUUAACAGCAGAUGCUGAUGACGUCAUUCCAGAGAAUGCGGAAGAUGAGCUUGACAAGAAUCUCCCAGAAAUCGAGGCGAUUGAGAAACUGGUGGAGAAAAUCAUGGAGGAAUAUGCUAGGACCAGAAGCACCAGGAGAAAGAGGAUAGAGAGGAAGAGACCUUUGAAGAAAAACUCAAACCAAAAGAUGGGACAACAACAGAGGAUGAAGACCAUGAUCCUCAGACGACUUGGACUAUAUGAAAGAAUGAAAGAGCUUCAGCAGGCUAAGGUCAAGUCAAACAGUUCCAAUCCAAAAGCGGGGCCAUCCAUAGAUCGAACAUACAAACCACAUAUGAGGAAAACGUCCCUCAAUUCGAUCACGGAUCGGACAAGAACUACACGAUCAAAAGGUGGUGUUGAUGAUGAUACAUCUGAGAAAUCUCAAACUGAACCUGCAGACAUUAAAGAAAUGCAGACAAACCCUUGUGAAAAAUCUGCUGGUUCUGCUGAAGGUGUUAAUAAAAGUAAUGAUUUACAAAGACCAACUGAAGAUGUCGUUGAAGAUAUGGCAAUUGAUGAUCAGGUGGAUGAUGUUAAUGAUGACAUUAGUGAAUGUCAAACUGACAAGGCUUUAGAAUUGAUCAAUGGUAAUGCUCAAAAAGUGAUUUCAGGAUCUAGUCAGAUUGCAGAAAACAUAGUGCCUGACAGCGAUCUAAACUCUAAGGUUCCUCAGUCAAUAGAAGAAAGUAAAACUGUUGCAGAUCCAGAACAAUUAGAUAUUACACAGACAGUGGAGAAAGAAUGCCAGAAUGAAGUCCAUCAGUUGAAAGCAAGUGAUACCACUGUAAAAGAAUCAAAAGAAAGUCAGAAGAUUGUAAAUGAGUCAAUAACAAGUCAGAAUAAUGUUAAUGAGUUGAAUGUUAGUCAGAUUAGAAUUUGCAACCCAAAUACAAGCAAAAAUGAAUCUGAAGAUCAUGAAAUGGAUGAAGAAAUUAACAAACAACAUACAGCUGAAGAGGGAUGUCAGGCCAACUUUGAGGACAGUGAUGAUGAUGAUGUUACACCUCAGGAGAAGUCAACUCGGUCUACUGAGCCAUUAGUUGAGGAGGUGCCUAAGAGGAGGCCUGGAAGACAGAAGGGUACAAAGCUUAAGUGCUACACUCCCAAGGAGAGUGCUAGGAAAUCAUCCCGCCACCCGGUUAUCCCCCCUACUAGUGAUAGUAAAGAAGCUAAAAAGGAUGGGCAGGAUCCAGCAGUAAAGGUUUGUCCAGUAUUCAGUUACAGAGUGUUAUUGAAAUUAGACAUUGGUAUCUACCAUUCCAUAUUCUUAUGGUAAAAAAAAUAACGAGUUGAUUGUUCAUAACUUGUUCUUAUCGUCAUUGUUGUUAACGUCAGUGUUGUUGACUUUCAAAUCUGAGCUGCUCAGGAACAUCUUGGAUACCCUUUGAUCUGCAGUAUGUCUAACAAGAUUUGAGACUACUAUUUCAACUGUACCCGAUUAAUUUCAAUAUAUGAGAUAAUCAUCAAAUUAUUUACGUUUAAAAAUUAACAACAGUCAUAGUUGUUUACAUUGUUAACUUCAAACAAAAUUCUAAAUAAUGUGAUUCCAGUACCAUGAUGCUAAAAAACUAGCUUAGUUUAAACUAUUUGAUUUUACAAUGAUCGUGAAACAAGCUAUUGUAACUUAUAUUAAUCACUCUCGUUGGCACAAUGUUGCACGGUCUUGAGAUGUGGGGGAAACCUGAGUGCCCGGAGGAAACCCAAUUGUCCUACUCAGUGACCACAAACCAAACUCACAUGUGACCAUACUGGGAAUCGAACCCAGGUCGCCUAGGUGAGAAGCGAGUGCACUAACCACUGCGCUUAGCAGACAACAGCUUGUUAAUAAGAGAAAACUGAUCCAGCUAAGCCUUAAAAGCAGUGGGAAGGCCCUGCUACCUUUUUUAGGCCGC